ACAGCAGCAGCACAUCCAGCAGCAUCAGAGCAGUGGAGGAGUCAAACACCGCUACACCUUCUUCACCUGUUUGCUUUUGUUAACCGACAGACACAUCAGGAUGGGAUUUACAGUAGCCAUUUGUAACCAGCCUGCAUGCGUCCUGUAAGAUAACUGUUAAAGACUGUCUAUUUGAUUUUAGUGACAGACCCAGCUGGUUGCUUCCCGCUUGCUAAGCUUUUUUCACACUUGCCCGCUGAGAAACACACUUGGAGGAGGAGGAACCAUGAUCGACCUGAGCCACCUGACGGAGGAGGAGCAGGGGAUGAUAAUGACGGUGCUGAGGAGGGACACAGACCUGAAGAAGGCUGAGGAGCAGAGAAUCAGUAAAAUGGAGAAAUUACUGGACGGCUCACAGCCGAACACUCAGCUGAAGUAUCAGACUGGAGAGUGGUUUUACGAGGCCAAGUCUCUCAGACACAUGGACAAUAUCCAUGGCUCGGAGAUCAUCCUGGCCUCCAUGAAACCGAGGAAAGCUGGUUUAGAUGGCUCCCUCAGGAUUGAAAGAUCCAAAACACCCAGCAGUCGAGGUUUGGACAUCGUCGCUCCACCAAAACCUGCCAGAUGUUUGGAAGCACUACAGCUGCAGGAGAUGAACAAUGCAGAAAAAGAACUUCUAAAUUCAACAGUCCGAUCUCCAAGAAUGUCCUUUUCCUUCAAGCCGAGGCACAACCCUUUCAACCGUGCUUCCCUGAUAGUUGUUGAGCCACCUGAAACUAAUGAUGACAGGUCAACCAGGCGGGACCAGGAGUCAUCUGAGACAGAGCCCAUAUCUCCUCUGAAGAGCCACGCAGCAGGGACCAGUCAGACUUCAGGAGGCUCCCUCACAUCGGAUGCCUCCUCUGGAGGUUUCAAGCCAGUGCCAAAGAAGAGGACAUUUCUCUCAAGACGUAGCUCCAGUCAGUCGGAAAGCAACAGCCAGGCACUAGACACUCAGGGUGGGUCAGCGGGGAUUGUACCUGCCCCAAGACUGAGCCUCCAACGGGGGUCCAGUGAGAACUCUAACCAGUCCUAUGUGAAGGGACAGGAUGAAGUACCACAGAAAAGUGUUGUUUCUAAUGAAGUAUCUCAGCCAUCCAAACAUAACAACUCGCAGCAGCCAUCUCAGGUUUCCUCUAACUCCAGUCUGGAGAGAGAAAGAUACACACCUUCUAUAACUAGAGACAGACCAGCCACAUUCACCAGGAGUGAUGCAUCCACUGACCGAGAGAUCCCACAGAAAAGUGAUGAACGAGAUGAUCGGAAACAAAGAGAACAUGCAGGGUUAAACACUUUCAAGCUGCACAGCGGCAGCAUUCAGGAUUCAGCCAUAGGAAACAACAGCAGUGUGGGAACAUCAAUGAGGCAGGGAGAGCUGAGCCUGCCCCAAAGCACUGUGGAUGCAGACCCUCCUGUGUCUUACGAUCUCAACUUCAUUGAUAAGUCUGAGACAACGCAAAAUAAAUCAAAUCAGAAAAAUGCGUUUCAAUUGUCCACUCAGACCAGCAGUCCCACUGGUGAUGAGGGGGACUCCAUCGCGAAGGUACUGGACUGGUUCAGCCGCAGCACAGAUAGUCUCGAUUGGUUAAAGACAGAAGAUAGUCCAAAGGCCGAACAUGUAGGAAUCAGCAAGUCUAGGGGUAAAGACUCAUCACGAAAAGAUACCGGGGAUAUUAUAAGCAAUACAAAUAAUGAAACUGUAGAAACUCAAUUACAAAGACAGUCCAAUGAGCCCGAAGAGUUAAGAGCAACAGACAGAAUAGGUAAGAAGGAAGUUACUAAAACACGAGAGGAGGUGAAGAAGGAUACCAAAGAAAAAAUGCAAGGUCAGGAAGGUACAGAUAAUAACGAUGAAAGCCAAGUGCCGCAAGUCUCUCAUCUGAAGUCAUUCUGGGAGAAAAGCAACGCAGGUCCCAAAAUACUUAUCAGCAAAUCUAUUACGCCCCACGACAAAGGACACAAACCUGUUCGCCUCUCAGCAGAGAAAGACGAGGAGAAAGUGAACGAACCCUACAGAGCACCUGAUAUGCCGUCUGUGCCUGUUGUAUAUAACGGGAAGGGGAUUUAUGAUAACUCUGCUUUGAAACAUGGGGAGGAAAGACAGAAAGAGACUGGAGACAAUGUUAACUCAAAUACAAAACAGGAUGUAGACAAUCCAGUGAUGAAUGCUUCAACACAAAGUCAAAACAAUGACAACUCUGAUUAUGUAAAGUUUACAGCCAACCUCCAAGAAGCUGACAGAAGAGGUUCAGACCCUGAGAUUUCAUGUGUAACCAAACUCAUUCAACAGCCAAGGACAAACAUCCAGUCCAGUGCAAAACCGAACAAUAUUUUCCAGUCCAGAGAAACCCUCCUGCAAGAGGAACUGUCGGAGACUAUUCCUGUUUCUCAAUUGGAUACAAAUCCGGACUCUGAGAAACUCUUUAUGUCUAGAAACAGCCCAUGUAUGGACUACAAGCUAGAUGAAAUUCAAACCACCCCUAAAACACAAAUGCGUAGAGGUUCAAGUGAAAGAACAGAGAGUGAGGAUAAAAGCGGGCCUCCUAAACGAAAGGAGGAUGCUAAUAAAGAUAGAAGUCCUCGCUCAAACCAAAAAGGUUUACCACAUCAAGAAAGUACUGCAGAGAAGAUAAAACAGCUGAAAUCUUUCUGGGAGCAGGAGAGAAACAAGUCUCCAUUUUAUACUGGCAAACCUAAAGCUCUUGGGGAUGGUAAGGUCCCUCGCGGUGCAAAUCAAGCAAAACUGAAUAAAAGAUAUACCAAGUCGGAGUAUGAUCUGACUUCAAUUGGAAAGGAUUCAGACAGCGAUGAGGAAGAGUCUUCGAAUCAGAGAAUAGACAAGUUGUCCCCUAGCCUAGGAGCGAACCGAUCACAAUUUCACACUCUGCGUGAGUUCUGGGGCGAGUCCUCAUCAGACACCAAGGUAUCAUUUCCCAUCGAGAAACCCAAAAGCUCUAAAAGGAAAGAGCCAAUAAGUGCCCAGCUUUCAUCUCAGGAGUUAAAGUGUAGUGACGCUGCUUUUGAGAAAACAAGACCACCCGCCAUGAAAUCAUCUCUUCAGAAUCGGUCAAAGUCACCCCAUGAUAGACAGGCAGGAUCAAAAGCAGCAAAUGAUGGCACAAACAACUUGGCUAAUUAUUCGACAGCUGACUCCAGAAGGAAUUCAAAAGACUCCACGAAAUCCACAAGCAGUUCAGGAAAAGAGACUCGUCCUACAAAGAGCAGAAAAGACAGUUUUAGCAAUUCGAGCAGUCGUGGAAAUUCCAUGCGUCGUGCUAUUAGCAUGGUCGCUCUGAGUGUUCCUGAUGAUAAAGGACUUAAAAUGGAUGUUAGUCCAGUCCACUCCCAGAGCAGAAAACAGAGGCAGAAUGCCGACAAAGGUGCCUCAUCAAGGAGAUCAUCAGAGGAUACUGAGACUCAGAUUCCACGUGCACGGGCCUGUGUUCCCACAGACUUUCGGCAUUACCUGGGCAUGACAGACAAGAGCAGCGUCCACACCUCUCCAGCUGUCAAGGGUGAGGGCUCUGAAGAGAAGUCUGGGUAUGAGUUCGACCUAGUAGGGCCGGUAAGGGCCAGCACUCCAGCGAGCUCAGAGGAGCGUUACAGCAGGAGGGGCAGCAAGACGACUCAGCGCCCCCUGUGGGCGAACUACAGCAGUUCAGAAGCAGGUCCGGAGUCGUCUGUGAGCAGCACGUCAGAAACCUGGUCCAGCUCCAGGAACAGUUCAAACCGUAAGAAUGAUGUUGAAACCCAAAACCUUGUAACAAAAGCGUUGAGGCGAGCAGAGGCACGGCCUAAAACUCUGGCUAAAAGUAUGGAGGACAUCACAUCAUCCUUAUCCCCACGGCAAGAAAGAAGGCAAGACCCAACUGCUGACAUGAGACGCAUUAGUAAUGUUUCAUCCAUCCCAUCGCCCACCUCGUCCUUAUUUUCAGAUCCGGAGCACCUGAAGAACAUGAGCAAAUCGGUUCCUUCGUUCCUACAGAAGGAGGACACUGGCAGAGACACUGACUCCACCUGCGAGGACAGUGACCACCCAGAGAGACUAAUGAAGGGCAGCUCCUUGAAUAACCUCACCGGCUCCUCUGGCAUGGCGUCUCUGUCCUCUCUGAGCGGCAGCGUGAUGACCAUGUACAGCGGGGACUUUGUGGAGGUUCAGGGAAACAUCCAGUUCUCCAUCAACUACAUCCAGAAGCUCAGAGAGUUUCACAUCUUUGUGGCUCAGUGCCAAGACCUGGCUGCAGUCGACCCAAAGAGGGGCCGCUCAGAUCCGUAUGUCAAAAGCUACCUGGUCCCUGACAAAGCUAAUCUUGGAAAGAGGAAAACAUCUGUUAAAAAGAAAACACUGAGUCCUACUUUCAACGAAAUCCUAAGAUAUCGUGUUCGCAUGGAGUACCUGAGAACCCAGACGCUCAUUCUCUCUAUUUGGCAUCACGACACGUUUGGCAGGAACAGUUUCCUGGGCGAGGUAGACGUCGACCUCUCCAAAUGGGACUUUGACCACACCCAGAUGAACGACUUGGCACUGAAAGCAAGGACUCUACCCACUCUAGCGCCAUCACAUGGUCGAGGAGAAAUUAGGCUAGCCCUGCGCUUCCUGCCAGAGAUCAUCCACAGUGAAGGAUUAGUGAAGGAGGGUCCAAGCACUGGAGAGAUUCAAAUUUGGGUGAAAGAAUGCAAAAACCUGCCUCUAAUCAGGGCAACCAUCGACCCAUAUGUUAAGUGCUUCGUUCUGCCGGACACAAGCAGGAAGAGUCGCCAGAAGACGCGCGUGCUGCGGAGGACAGUAGACCCAGCGUUUAACCACACCAUGGUGUACGACGGCAUCAGACACGCUGACCUAUCAGAGGCCUGCGUGGAGCUCACUGUGUGGGACAGGGACAGACUAGCCAGCAACCUGCUGGGGGGCCUGAGGAUUGGAGCUGGAACAGGCAGAAGUUAUGGAGCCCUGGUGGACUGGAUGGACUCCACUCCCUUUGAGGCCGCCCUGUGGGAGCGCAUGAUGGUCACCCCAAAUGAAUGGGUGGAGGACAUUCUCCCAUUAAGGGUACUGAACUCUGCAAAAACUGGUUUCAAAUAGGUCUAAAUAUAUAACGCCAUAUUGCAAAGACAUUAUAUUUUUGAGCAGUAUAAAUGCAAUAAGUUAACUGUUUUAAAGAUUUAUAUUCUGCCCAGAAAAGCUGAUGAAAAAAUAAAGUGAAGACAAUGUGUG